AUGAUAGCUCAAUUUGGCAGCCAUCUACGACAUCAAUUGGACGUCUCUCGAAUCGUCGACGAUCAAAGGUUGAUGGCCGAGGUUCGCCCAUCAUUAUCGGGGAUGGAAAUUGCGCAGAAGUUGAAUCAGGCCAAUCGACAUAUUGCAUUCGGCCAGAAUAACAGUGAUGAUUUCGGCGCUUAUGGGGCUGAGAUGCUGUACAACAGCCUCAAAUCCACUCGCUUCUCGCCUGCCUUGGACUGCCGUUUUGUACAGAGCUAG